AUGGAUAGUACAGGUAGAGGUAGUGUGGAGGAUUCAUGUGGAGGUAGUGUGGAGGAUUCAGGUGGAGGUAAUGUGGAGGAUAUAGGUGAAGGUAGUAUUAAGGAUACAGGUGAAGCUGGUGUGGAGGAUACAGGUGGAGGUAGUGUGGAGGAAACGGGUGGAGGUAGUGUGGAGGAUACAGUGGGCCCUGCAUGCCCCAGUCUGAUACUGGAUAGAGGUGGAGGUAUUGUGGAGGAUACAGGACAAGGUAGUGUGGAGGAUCCAGGACACGGUAUUGUGGCGGAUACAGGUGGAGGUAGUGUGGAGGAUACAGGUGGAGGUAGUGUGCAGGAUACAGGUGGAGGUAGUGUGCAGGAUACAGGUGGAGGUAGUGUGGAGGAUACAGGUGGAGGUAGUGUGGAGGAUACAGGUGGAGGUAGUGUGCAGGAUACAGGUGGAGGUAGUGUGCAGGAUACAGGUGGAGGUAGUGUGCAGGAUACAGGUGGAGGUAGUGUGCAGGAUACAGGUGGAGGUAGUGUGCAGGAUACAGGUGGAGGUAGUGUGCAGGAUACAGGUGGAGGUAGUGUGGAGGAUACAGGUGGAGGUAGUGUGCAGGAUACAGGUGGAGGUAGUGUGGAGGAUACAGGUGGAGGUAGUGUGGAGGAUACAGGUGGAGGUAGUGUGGAGGAUACAGGUGGAGGUAGUGUGGAGGAUACAGGUGGAGGUAGUGUGGAGGAUACAGGUGGAGGUAGUGUGGAAGAUACAGGUGGAGGUAGUGUGGUGGAUACAGGUGGAGGUAGUGUGGAGGAUACAGGUGGAGGUAGUGUGGAGGAUACAGGUGGAGGUAGUGUGGAGGAUACAGGUGGAGGUAGUGUGGAGGAUACAGGUGGAGGUAGUGUGGAGGAUACAGGUGGAGGUAGUGUGGAGGAUACAGGUGGAGGUAGUGUGCAGGAUACAGGUGGAGGUAGUGUGCAGGAUACAGGUGGAGGUAGUGUGCAGGAUACAGGUGGAGGUAGUGUGCAGGAUACAGGUGGAGGUAGUGUGCAGGAUACAGGUGGAGGUAGUGUGCAGGAUACAGGUGGAGGUAGUGUGGAGGAUACAGGUGGAGGUAGUGUGCAGGAUACAGGUGGAGGUAGUGUGGAGGAUACAGGUGGAGGUAGUGUGGAGGAUACAGGUGGAGGUAGUGUGGAGGAUACAGGUGGAGGUAGUGUGGAGGAUACAGGUGGAGGUAGUGUGGAGGAUACAGGUGGAGGUAGUGUGGAAGAUACAGGUGGAGGUAGUGUGGUGGAUACAGGUGGAGGUAGUGUGGAGGAUACAGGUGGAGGUAGUGUGGAGGAUACAGGUGGAGGUAGUGUGGAGGAUACAGGUGGAGGUAGUGUGGAGGAUACAGGUGGAGGUAGUGUGGAGGAUACAGGUGGAGGUAGUGUGGUGGAUACAGGUGGAGGUAGUGCGGAAGAUACAGAUGGAGGUAGUGUGGCAGAUACAGAUAUGUUUUCCUUUUAUACCUGCCCUUGUCCAACUGCAUGA